AUGGCAGAACUCGUGUACGGCAUCGCAUGGGCCAUCACAGACUUCACAGAGAAGAUCUCGACUCUCCGCUCGCCCGUCAUCCCUCAGUGGACAACCCCCUUCGACCCCGUACCCGGCGCAGGUCUCUUCGACGACCACGACGCGCCCAAAGUCCUCACCGAGCACCGACUGCACCUCGUCCACCACACCUGGGCUACGCGCCAUGCCGCUUUGCAUCUCCGCCUGUGCUGCCUCUGGGACGCCAAGUCGAAAGGGAUGCGAGCGUGCUGGGCGGGAACGGUUGACCGCGAGACGCUCCAGACCACCAAGGACGCGGUCGCUGAAGCCAAGUGGGUCGAGGACAGGCUUGCGCAGGCAGUCGCUUGGUGCGAGGGCAGGAAGGUCCGCAAGUUGAAGCUCGUCAAGCUGGUCAAGAUCCGCAAGGGGAGGGCGAGCACGACCACCCGCCCGACCUACACCGAGACGCCCCCCUCGUUGCUCGACCUCCCCUACCCUCUCCCUCUCGCUCCCUCCUCGAACCGCCUAGCGCAGACCAUCCCUCGCCCGCCCACUCUCACUCGCGAGACAGCCUUCGAAGAAGAAGAGCGCACGCGUCCGCCGCUCUACACCGAGGAAGCAGACUUGGCGCUCGGCGAGGAGAGCGUGAUGGGUGGGAUGUGGCACGACCCGAACGAGGUCAGGGCUUAUGAGGCGGCGUUUGUCGAUGAGGAUGAUGACGUGUUGAGGAUGCUGGAGAUCCACCAGCACCCGAGGACGAGUUGA